AUGCCAGGGUUCGACUACAGCAAGUGGGACAACCUCGAGUUGUCCGACGACGAGGAUCAUCACCCCGGCGCGCAGUUCAUCGAGGCGAACACGCUGCGUCGCAUCAAGCGGGAGGCGCACGAGAACAAAGAGAAGGAGCGCGCCGAGAAGAUCGAGUCGCUGGAGAAGCAGAUCCGCAAGAACGAGCGCAAGAUCAAGGAGCUCUCGGAGGGUGAGAACGCGGCCGCCAACGAGGCCGAGAUCGCCAAGCUCAGAUCGGCGAGCGCGACGUUCCAGUCCGAGGUGGACACCGAGAGGCGCCAGAAGAAGUUCAACGCCGAGGAGGCCGUGAGGGAUGCGUGGUCGCACUCGCUCGUGGGCGCCGCGUGCAAGCCCGACGCGGGACCGGAGAAGCUGGACUACGAGGCCUUCGCCAAGAAGUACGGCGACCAGCUCGACGCGCUGGCGGUCAAGGACUUCGGCUCCGGAUACGAGGAGAUGGGGGACUACUUCAGGGACAACUCGCACCUCCUCACCGAGCACGCCAUGGGCUACAUGCUCUUGAAGUGCCUCUACAUGGAGAUGGAGGGCAACACGCUCGGCAUGAGGCGGGGCGCACGCGCGGGAUACGCCCUCAAGUCCAUCGUCGACUUCGCCGAGGCCAGCAAGAGGUCCAUGAGGGACGCCGCCCCCGCCUUCUUCGGACGCAUGAGCGACCCGGAGGUGGCCAAGGAGUACGAGAAGAUGUACGAAGACUACGUGGACAAGCUCAAGAAACGCGCGGUGGACAAGAAAAAGGAGGAAGAUGCGGCUGCGGCGGAGGAGGCCACGCGCAGGCUGCAGCUCAAGGGGGACGACAAAGCCCUCGAGGAACUGCCGCGGGAGGAACGGUUGGGCCCCGGGGGUCUGGACCCGGUUGAGGUGUUUGAGUCGCUGCCGAAGGAGAUGCAGGACGCGUUCGAGAGCGGCAGCGUGGAGGCCCUUCGCGAGUACGUCAACGGGCUUCCCUUGGAGGAUGCGAAGCACCACAUGAAGAGGAUGGUGGACAGCGGGCUUUGGGUGCCCGCCCCAGGGGAGGAACCGGGUCUCGCGCUGCAGUGA